UUACUAUUUUUGACUUUCUUUAUUUCAGAGCGCCCCUAACGGCAAAUUCUUCCAUUCGGCCAUUGAAGGAGGCGCCAUUUUAUCUCUACUCUGCUUCAUGGUUCAACAUGAGUGAUUAUUCAGCGGUUGCUCCGCCUACAAAUUUCAGUCAAAGUUCUGCAUUUGCUGCCGCUCUUCAACGUGCACGGCAGAUUGCAGCAAAAAUAAAUCCAACUGGAUCAAGUGACAGUGUUGGACAAAAGCGGCCAUUGGAAGAAGGGUCAGAACCUGACGCCAAGAAAGUGGCGGCGGUUAGUGACCCUCAACUGGCAGCGCUUCGGGUGCAGCAGGCCACUUCUCCAACAGGCUCUGCUGUAAACAGUGCUGCUGCGGCUGCGGCCGUCCAAGCUGCUGCAGUGGCGGCUCGUGUGGCCGCUGCGGCGGCCGUUGGCUUGGGAGUUCCUGGAGCAGUCCAGGUUGAAGACAUUCGUGUGCCUGAUAAAAUGGUUGGGCUAAUUAUUGGAAGAGGCGGUGAACAGAUAACAAGACUGCAGAAUGAAUCUCGUUGCAAAAUACAGAUGGCACCUGACAGUAAUGGUCAACCUGAGAGAGUUUGCACUCUUACUGGAACACGGGAUGCAAUAAACCGAGCAAGGGAGCUUAUCAUGAACAUUGUGCAACAGCGUAGUCGAACUGAAGGAAUAGGUUCUGGAGGAGGUGGAGACAUGGGAAUGUCCAACAACCAUGCACAUGUAGAGAUCAUGGUGCCCGGUCCCAAAGUGGGCCUGAUCAUCGGGAAGGGUGGAGAGACCAUCAAACAGCUGCAGGAGAAAUCUGGUGCAAAGAUGGUUGUAAUCCAGGAUGGUCCUGCUCAAGAACAAGAGAAGCCUCUGCGAAUUAGUGGCGAACCUCAGAAAGUAGAGUAUGCCAAACAACUGGUGUACGACCUGAUUGCUGAGAAAGAAAUGCAGGCAUUUAAUCGUGGAGGUGGGGGCCAGCGGGGGGGCGGCGGGGGAAACCCUGGCUAUGAAGAAUAUGGUGGUACCAGCGGGGGCGGUGGCACUGGGGGCGGUGGAGGUGGAGAUUCUGUAGAGGUUGCAGUUCCUCGAGCAGCAGUAGGUGUCGUGAUAGGGAAAGGCGGUGAUAUGAUUAAAAAAAUUCAGAAUGAGACUGGUGCUCGUGUUCAGUUUCAACAAGGACGAGAUGAUGGACCUGGUGAAAGGCGGUGCCAGCUGACAGGCAAACCUAACCAAGUAGAGCAAGCAAGGAGAAGGAUUGAGGAACUCAUUGAAAGUGUUAUGGAUUGUACUUUAAUGCAGCGGCGAGACAAUGAAAUUGGAAGAGGACGUGGAAGGGGCGGCCCAGGUGGAGGUGGCCCACCAUUUGAUCGGAUGGUGAGCCGAGGAGGUGGAGGUGGUGAAUAUGGUAACGGAGGUGGAGGCGGUUGGGAUCGUCGUCCUGGUGGUAUGCAACAAGGCGGACAGAUGGACAAACAAGAAGCUACAUUUACCAUUCCAGCUGCAAAAUGUGGGAUUGUUAUUGGAAGAGGUGGUGAGACAAUCAAACAAAUAAAUCAACAAACCGGAGCGCAUUGUGAAUUGGAUAGAAGGCCACCUCCGAAUCCUGCUGAAAAAGUAUUUGUUAUCAGAGGUUCCCCGGAACAAAUAGAACAAGCAAAGAGAAUAAUUAGUGAGAAGAUAGGAAUGCCACCUGGUCCUGGUGGUGCUCCACCAACUCAGUAUCCCAUUGGUCAGGGUGCCCCUGGAGGGCAAGGACCACCCCAGCAUUUUGCUCCACAAGGCUGGGGAGGAGGAUAUCAACAUUGGCAGGGCCAACAACAUCCUAAUGACCCAAGUAUGUUAUCAGUCAUGUCUUGUGGAGGGCAAGUCCAAGUUAAUCCUGCUACUGGACAACCCGAUUAUAGUAUCCAGUGGGCAGAAUACUAUAGGUCAAUGGGCAUGAUUCGGGAAGCCGAACUGAUAGAACAACAGGCCAAAGCUAAUAAGGGACUUGCUCCUCAGCCUGCGGCUCAGCCAGCUCCCCAGCCAGCAGGUCCUCAACCUGCAGCUACAACACAGAAUGGGCAGCCUGAUUACAGUGCUCAGUGGGCUGAUUACUAUCGAUCUAUUGGCAAAAUAAAAGAAGCUGAAGCAAUUGAAGCACAGAUGAAGGCAAACAAAGCUGGUCAGCCAAAUGCGGGAGGUGCUCCCCAACAGCAGCCUCAACAGCAACCUCAGCAGCAGCCAGGUGGUGCGCCCCAACAACCGGGAGGUCCUGGGCCUCAACAACCUCAACAGCCUCAACCUCCUUAUGGUCAGCCUUAUGGCUAUCAGGCUGCAGCAGGAUAUUAUGGUGGUGCACCUGGAGCACCACAACCCACACAACAACCUGGACCAGGACAGGCACAACCUUAUGGGUAUCCCAACUAUGGAGGAUAUGGUGGUCAGCCAGGUGGUCCUGAAAAUCAGUAGUAAUAUUGCUGCUAUUAUUUCAUCUUCGAUGUGGUUGAUGUCCAGAGGGUGUUAGGAGAAUGGCACAAUGUGGUAUCGAGUGUACAUGUCAGCAGGCGUUUGAUAGGAUCGGUUUAUUUGCGAUAUAAAAAUUAUUCCGGAAAUGUACUUUUGUCUUUUUUAUCUGCACUUGUUUCUUUGUUUAUUUGUAUAAGAACACUAAUAUAGUUACUAGUGACUUGUAACUCCAGUUCUCAUCCUACCUAAUUAAUUGCUUUUAAAAUAGGAUGUAUUCUAUUGUGUUUGUGUGUGAUAGAAUAAGACAAAAGAGGGGCCCCUGUGUGUUGCCUUAUGGUUUCCAUUAUUGACAAAUUUGUUUAUUUGUUGGGGCAGGCUGUUUCUUCUUUUCAUUGUGAAAGUGUUAAAUGCAAGAAGGAAUCGUGUUCUUGAUUUUUAUACCUCGGGGAUUAUAUGAAUGUCGUUGUGUUAUGUAUGUGUAUAUAUGAUGAAUGAAGAAAAGUUUUCAUUUGGGGAAGUCGGUUGCCACAGUUAUGACAUGCUCAAUGAUGCCAAAUGGAAGAAUGCCUGGGAUUGCAGCCUGUACUCCAAGAUGGUGAGGUGUUGGAGCAUCAAGAAUGAAGGGAAAUAGAGCUGGCAGCAAUAUUCCAAUUAAAGUUUACCCUUCCCCAUGAAAGGGUAGAGAAAAGUUAAUAAGAUUCAACACUUCUAGUUAGAAGGUAAACUAGUUAUAGUUAGUUGGUAGAAAACAUUUGCACCAGCUUCAGGGUCUCAAUCUAAUUUGUCUUGACAGCAUAAUGUUAAUGUUCAAUAUAUUAAUACAUUUCACUGUCUAUUAGGAAAAUAUCUUCUGUGAUGCUUUUCAGUAUGUUUAGUUCAGAAUGAAACUUGAUACUGAUAUCAGGGAUCAAAUUGGUGUGAAUCUGCUUCAUUGUUGCAAGAAGCUGGUGCAAAUUUUGCAUAAGUCAUUAAACAAAUGGUGUUCAUUAAUUUAAUUUCACAUCAUUUGCAUUGAAGUAGCUUCACAUCCACAAAUAUUUAGUGUAAAUUACUGUUAAUUUUUUAAUAUUAAAGAAUGUCCACUUCAGGUGUAUGUGUGAGAGUUUUUUAAUUUUUGCCUCUGAAACAUUUCACUGAAUGUUCUACCAGUACAAAAUUGUAUGAUGAUUGUAGAAAAUAACAUGGUAUUAAGAUUUCUGAUGUUUGAAAAUGUGGGGUUGCUUUUUUGGGGGGGAAACCUUGUCACUAAUUAAACUUCAGAUGAGAGGAGGAUAUUUGAAUUUUUCAUGAGUGUACCUUCAUGCAACCUUUCUUUCCUUUCCUUCAGUAGAGAAAAAAAAGCAGAAGAGAAGUGUGCAGUCACUGAGAUAAAUUGUUGAAAUGUGUGAAUUCACAUAUGAGUUUGUUUUGGCUUAUCUUGCAGAUAGUUUUGGGGAGGUAUCCAUGACUGGCAUCAACCCUCAAUAUUAUUGAUACAUGAACAAAUAUUGCACUUGAGAUGUUCUUGCCUCUUACAAUUUUUUGUAUGAUAUAAAGGUGUGGUACAUGUUUCAACUGGCUUUUUGGUGCUGUGAUUUACAUGCUCAAUCAAUGGUAGUAGAGGGCAGAUUUAUACAUGGCAUAUAUAUACAGAAAUGACAUAUCUUUGAGGGAUGGGAAAAGAACUGAUGGUUUUGCACAUUGAUGUUGUAUGAAAUGCUAUGUCAACUGAAGUAAAUUGUCUUCUUGGGUUACAUGUUCUCGUAUUACAGGUUUGCUGCAUUUCUCUGUACUUGUCCUCAGUGCCAUGAUUGAGCGUCCUAACCAGCUACAGAAUCAUUGAUUUUCUUUGGCAUUGUAAUUUGUAAAUAUCUUUUGGAACAAAGUAGCUAGUUGUGUAAUUUUCAAGAUAUGAUGUUCUAAUUGCUAUUGUGCUUGAUAUGUUUUUUAUUCAAACAAGGAAAUAUUAGAUGUCAUUAUAAUUCGUAUCUCUGUAGGUUUUGAGGAGUCUUGAGUACAUAACAUCAAUUUGUCAACUCAAUAAUGAGAGGAUUGAUAGUCGAGUAUGGUAUAUAAUUUAACUGUAGUGACUACAUCAACCAUUCCUUAUACUUCUGGGUAAUUGGAAUACAUUUGUGUUUAAGGUACUUUAAAAGUUAUAAAUUCAGUUUUCAUUAUGUAUUGUAAUUUCUUUAAUUGUACUGCUUUGGAGGUAAACUUAGAACAACAGGUCUUUCUUUUUGUUUUCUCUUUUAUGUAGGGAAACUGUUUACUUUGUAGUUUGAUUGCAUGAAAACUUAGUCUUAACACAUUGUCUCCAAGAAAAAUUUGUCAGAAGUAGCUAAGCAGUGGGUAAGAAGUAGUUACUGUUGCCAGUGUUAGGGGACGUCUGUGUACUGAUAUAAGGAUAUGCUGUUGAGUUGUGGGUGUUGUGUAGAAAAUUUUUAAUGUUCAAGUUUCUUGCUUGAAUGUUUUCUGUGGUUUUGUUUGGAUUUGUAAUUGGUAUUUUAAGCAAUUGUUAAAAUGUUUUAUGGAAGCUUCUCAGACAGCCAAACUACUAAAUUUAAAAGUACUUUUUAAAUGUGUCGUUUGUACUUCAUCUGUUUUAAAAAUAGCGUGAAUGUUUGAAAUUUCUUGAGGUUUCAAGCUGAGAUGUACUUUUGAAAGGUCAUUCUCACAAGUAUGGAAUUAAGUUAAUUAUAUGCUUUCUUGAUUGGUAAUGAUUUGUAGAUUAAUUAGACAUAGAAUAGACUGGAAUUCCUAGGAGUGAAUGGAGUGUGAACUUGCAAUGGCUUAGCAGUGGCUCUUGAAUGCCACUGGGGAAGAAUAGAAGUGAAAACUAAAAUUUAAGAGAUGUUUCAAAAUUCUGAAAUUUGACUCUUAUUGCUUAUUUUGGUCACAACUUUUUGGCAUUUAUUAAUUCACCUUUAAUUCUUCACAUUUAGAUACAUCUUUUGGUGUAACUGUUCAAUAAAAUUUAUUGCUUGUAACCUUUCAGAGAUUUGAAAGGACACAUUGCACCCAUACAAUUGGUGAAGUAUAACUUCAGUAGAAACAUUGUAAUGUUGAGUCAUUUUGCUUUGCAUGUUCAAGUAGGAUUGAUUUGGUUUUUUUCAGUUAUUUUUGGAGAAUUGUGAAUAAAUACUUGGUUAGCAAGAUUUUGUGCCCAGUAAUAGGUUAAUGUUGGUCAAGAGUAGACUUCUUAAAAUGCAGAAUGGAUGCUUAAUCACAUGUGAAAGAGAGGAAGCAUCAGUUUAUAUUGAUUUAAUUAUUGAAUGCCUGCAAUGGUACAAAUUACAAUUCAGAAAAUGUUCUCAUUUCUUUGAAUAGCAAAAAAAUAUAUGAAAUUUUGAGUGUUUGGAAAGACAAUGUGUACAGAAAAUUCAAGACCCAGAACCUACAAAAUUUUCCUUGUUUGAAUAAAAAUAAAGAUUGAGAGUAUUGGUUUCUGCAUUAUUUAAUCAUGCAUAUGCACAUUGCACAAAAUUUGAAUUUCAAAUGCCAUGCAAUACAUUGUCUUUGAAUGUGCAUUUUGAGGGGUUUUGUUAAUGCAUUUAGUGUUAGUAUAAAUUUCUUGAUGUACCUUGUGCUAGUGAUUUUACUUGAGUUGCAAUUAUGUGAAUGUUUUAUUAGUGAUUUUAUGAAUUGUCUGAAAAUUGAAGAAAUUUAAUUGGUAACAAUUGUUAAAUAUAAUUGUUGUUCAGGAAUGGUCUAAAAGUUUUUAAAUCCUUCGAAUCAAUAAAGAUUGAAUUGUGUAGAACAACUUGCCAGGAAGUAAUAGUUAUUUUUUUCCAGUUUUUUGUCAGGGUAAGUAGUGUGACAGUGUGUGGAAUGUUUUAGUUAUACUUUGUUAAUGUUCAUUCUUCAUAGUUGUCAUCCAUUUUUUCCACGUAGUUGUGUUUUGAUAGGGUUUGUGUUGCAUUAAUUUUUAGAUUUGUAUAAAUCUGCCCUUUCUGCCAACAUACAGCCUUUAAAUGUAUUGCUUGCUGGUCAAUAUCAGAGUUAUCUUUAAAAAUUUAUUUCAAAACAAUUUUCUUGAAAGUGAAUAAUAAUGGGGCAUUUGAGUUUAAAUAGUGGUAGUAGUAAGUUACACAUGGAAAUGCAGAGACAUUUUUGAACAAUCUUACCUGAUCUUGGAAUCACAGGGGAGAUACAGAUCUUCCCCUUGAAGGUCAAUCUUGAUUUUCCACAAUUUUGAAUACCAUUAUUUACAUCUGGACGCCUCAUGUAAAGUGUUUGAGAAGGGCAUUCCUGAGGACUGAUAUUGACUGGCAAUUUCAUCUUAAUUCUGCAAUUUUCUUUGCUUUCUUGUUUAAUUAUUUCGCCCAAUGUUAAUGAAUUCAAUAUUGAUGCUGCUUGAUAUGGUUUGCACUUGGAAUCUGUUAGAGUUGGUUGCAUUUAUUUGAAAACCUCUUGCUUUUCUUUCCUUUUAUAAUUUUUACUGUGGAAAUCCAUGCUUACAAAUCAUUUGUAGCUUUGGUUCAUGCAUGAGACUUCAGUGCAUGUCUUUCAUUUAUUGAGGUGAGUAAUUGGUUCAAUAUGUGACCAAUGUUUUUGUGCUUCUGCUUUCACUCUUCAGGUGUGUUAAAUUUUAUGAGCUAGUGGACGAGUGUGUGUUAAUGAAGUGACUAAAAGUGCUAUUUGAAAUCAGCUUUUUCAACCUAACUUCGUUAUUUCAGCGGUGUGGGAAGGGUUUCUGAAUUUGUUGUGCAUUCAGUAGAGGCAAAGUUAAAAAAAGCUACAAAAUAAAAUCCGUUUAUAUUAAUGCAUGAAUAAAAUUGAAGCCUGAUGCUCUGGAAGCAUCAAUAUUGAAUUCAUCUGCAUAGGCUUACCUAACCUGAGUUUUUCGUUAUUUAGCAUAGUAUUGUUAUCCAACAUUAUCAUGUAGAUGUUUUCGUAUUUUCAUGUUAUUUGCCAGUGGUUUUGGUUAUCAGCAUACUACCGUGUUUGAACCUGUUUUUUACCAAAUGUUGUGUUCAAUUUCUUGAUUUACUUCUGUCAUAGAUUCACCGAACUUGCAACGUCACUUCGCUCCACUCCACUUCCCAUACUUCUACGAGGUUGCAUUGCAUGUAUAAUCUGUGUUUUGGGAUGUAGUCUGUUCACUGCUCAUAUUUAUAUGUUUAUUUACUGGCAAUGAACGUGUUAAAUGGGAUACAUGAACACAGGUGACACAAAGCUUUGCUUUUUCAGGUCCAAGGAGUCACUUGGCCCAGAUGAUACAAUGUUUUGUGUUAUUUUUUUUUAUAAUUUUUUUUUUUUUUUUUUUACAUGUUCCCUGUUCACUAGGGAACCUGCACAUUUAGGUGCUACAUGAAUUAUUUUUCAUAGCUAUAAAUGUGCUGUGUAGUUUUGUUUUGUUUGUAUUUAAUUUCCCCUCCCCUUGUUAGCAGACUAAGGUUUGGUGCUAGAGAUGCCAAGCUUCUCUUGCUGGCAUUAGUAAAUCAUAUUUAUAUUUACUUAUGAUGCUGCAUUUUAGUAAUGUUAAAUGCUGGUAACAUUAUAAAAUGGGUAUUUUGUGACAGUUGUUUGUUUCUGGAUUGUCUUUUCUUGUAUUUUAUUGAAAUUUCAGAAGAAAAUUUUGAAUCUUAUGCAAAUUUCAUAUGUAUAGAUGAUUGCAUUAGAAUUUCAAUUUUUGUAGUGUACAUUUUCGUAUUUGAAGGGUUUCAUGUGUAUCAUCCGUAUGCUUUAUUGCCAUGUAUCUUAAAGUUUGUUCUUAGAAUUAUUUGUAAAUGUGUUAAAAAAACAGUAAUGUCAGGUCCAUUGCCAGUGAUGAAUGAUUUGGCGAAAUAGUGACACUUGCACUUGUGUCACUCUGCCAUAAAUUUUGCCUUUGGCGUUUAUUGCUUUCUCUUCUUGCUAAUGUUUCAUCAGUUUCUUGCGAUGUUCAUCUGUACAAUUCUGUUGGUUAGCCAAUCAUUAACCUCUAUGACCUAUAACAUUUUGUCAUGUUCAUUGUGGCUUGUUUGUAAUGAUUGCCAGUCAUGGUUGGGUCUCUUCAAUUCUUAGUACUAUAUCAUCAAUAGUUUUGCAUUUAUGAGGGCACUGAUGCACUGCGUGUGACCAAUAUGUUCACAAGGAUUGAUGAACACUACACUAAAUGCCCCAUACAGAGCAAGGGCAUAAAUGUUCAAGACUUCAAACCACCUCACGUAAGUUACAUGAUGUUUGAAAAAUGAUCAAUAUUGCUGCUUGCCCAGUGACAUAAUGUUUUCAUAUAUCAUGCCUUUUGAGUUAAUGGGGAUUAUGUGCAUUUUGGAUUUAAUAUGCUUUUUUAAAAUUGUUGAAUGGAUUUUAAUUUGAUAGUGCUGUUUAGUUUUUUUCCGCUGGUUGAUUUGAGGGAUUUUUGUUUGUUUUGCUACAUGAAUGUGAUUGCAGGAAAGAUAAAGGGAAGGAAAGAUUAGGUGCUAAAAUGCAGGAUAAGAAGAGGAUGCUGCCAUUCAUAAUUGCAUCAACACACCAUUUUAUUAUAUCCUGAAUUGAGAAGUGAAUCCACAUUGUUUCUUUUAAAUUAUUUUUUUGUUCUUUGGAAGAUCAUGUGUGAUAAUUGUGAAUAUUGGGAUGGAAGGGUGGGAUUGUUUGGUAUACCAUAAUUUGGUUUUAUGAAUAUAAAUGUAAAAAUAGAUUAAGAAAUUAAUAAAUAAAAUUCAGAUUGAUUUUCAGUGAA